AAGUUGCAAGUAGUGGUGUAUUUUAUUAUGUAUUUGCAUUGCAGAGGUUUGUAAAAAGGGGAGACAACUGCAAAGGCAACAAAAACAUAUUUUUCGGCGGAUCAGAUUUAGGCAUUGAAUCUCAAUUGGGUCUCGAUCUGAGCUUCUAAAAGGCUUCUCCUUUUUCAUUUUCAAGCUUCGAUUUUGAUUCUCUCUAUGAAUCUGUGCUUCUAAGAUGAACGAAUCUGUUCAACGACAGUCCCGUAAUGCUCAAAGAGGGUUCAGAGUUCAAGCUCCACUGGUUGAUUCUGUAUCAUGCUAUUGCAAGGUAGAUUCUGGCCUAAAAACAGUUGCUGAAGCAAGGAAAUUUGUCCCAGGAUCAAAACUUUGCAUCCAACCUGAUAUCAAUCCCAAUGCACAUAGGAGUAAAAACUCACGCCGAGAGAGGCCUCGAGUACAGCCACCACUCCUGCCAGGCCUUCCUGAUGAUCUUGCCAUUGCAUGUCUUAUUCGAGUUCCUCGCGCUGAGCAUCGAAAACUUCGUUUAGUUUGUAAGCGAUGGUAUCGCCUCCUGGCUGGCAACUUCUUUUAUUCUCUUAGGAAAAGUCUUGGAAUGGCAGAAGAAUGGGUUUAUGUCUUCAAGCGAGACCGUGAUGGGAAGAUCUCUUGGAAUGCUUUUGAUCCUGUCUAUCAACUGUGGCAGCCACUUCCUCCAGUCCCAAGAGAGUACUCUGAGGUCCUUGGUUUUGGUUGUGCUGUUCUAAGUGGUUGCCACCUAUACUUGUUUGGAGGGAAGGAUCCACUAAGGGGGUCCAUGCGACGUGUCAUCUUUUAUAGUGCCCGGACAAACAAGUGGCAUCGGGCACCUGAUAUGCUUCGCAAACGUCAUUUCUUUGGUUCUUGUGUCAUUAAUAACUGCCUAUAUGUGGCUGGUGGUGAAUGUGAAGGACUCCAAAGGACUCUACGUUCUGCUGAAGUUUAUGACCCUAAUAGGCACAGAUGGAAUUUCAUUUCAGACAUGAGUACUGCCAUGGUACCUUUCAUUGGGGUUGUAUAUGAUGGAAAGUGGUUUCUUAAGGGCUUGGGGUCACGCAGAGAGGUCAUGAGUGAAGCCUAUGAUCCUGAAACUAAUACCUGGACUCCUGUCAGUGAGGGGCUGAUUUCUGGAUGGCGGAAUCCAAGCAUCUCUCUGAAUGGACAGCUCUAUGCCCUGGAUUGCAGGGAUGGGUGCAAGUUGAGGGUUUAUGACGAAGCAACAGAUUCAUGGAACAAAUUUAUUGAUAGUAAGCUUCAUCUAGGGAGCUCCCAGGCGCUAGAGGCUGCUGCUCUUGUUCCCCUUAAUGGCAAGCUCUGCAUUAUCCGCAAUAACUUGAGCAUCAGUCUUGUUGAUGUUUCCAGUCCUAAUAAGCAUAUUGAAAGUAACCCUCACCUUUGGGAAAAUAUCGCUGGAAAAGGUCAUUUCAGGACUCUUUUUACAAACAUAUGGUCAAGUAUAGCAGGGCGAAGUGGUUUGAAGAGUCAUAUUGUGCAUUGUCAGGUGCUUCAAGCAUGAGAAACGGAAUUCAUUUUGCUCAUUCAUGCUAUUUGUUUAGAUUUGUCAUGCUGUGGAUCAGAAGGCAAAUAUUUCAUUAUUUGUAGUUCACCAACAUUUGGGGUUCCAUACCUUGAAGGCAAAAGGCUGAAUAUACUCUUUGUUACCAUUCCCAAUGUUUAUGCAGAGACCAAUAUCAAAAGUGAUUUCACCUGGAAAAUUGAUUGGCAUCCAUGUUAUAAAUGUUCUGCUUCUUGUUGAGGCUAGAAGAAGCAAGAGAUGAAGGAUGAAGGGUGCUUUUGACAAAGGGAAACACGUGUGACCUGAAGGACCUGAUACCAGCGGCUGAUAAUGCUUUAAUGUUGUAAAGCUGCGGAUGUUGAGGUGAUUCACUCCUGAUUUCGGCUAUUAGAACUAAGAGAUCAUUUCUUUACAUUAGUAAAGAUAGCUGAUACCUGUAAAUCUAGCCAUAUGGCUUUAGGACUCCGUCUUUUCCUUUUCUUUUUUUUUUUUGUAGCCUGCACUCUUUGAGACCCUUUCUGUUUGUAAAUAAACUGGUUUAUUUACA